AUGCAUGCAAUGCAGCACGUACACCACCACCACAAGCUAGCAAAUAGCCGAAGCAGCAGCAGCAGCAGCAGAAACAACGACAAUGCAUGCAAUGCAGCACGUACACCACCACCACAAGCAGCAGCAGCAGCAGCAGCAGCAGGAACAGCAACAGCAGCAGCAGCAGAAGAAAGAACAGCAGCAGCAGCAGAUGCAGGUAGGGUGGUAGCAAGGGCAUAUGCAGCAACAGUAGCAGCAAACCCCAGCAACAGCAGCAGCAGGAACAUCAUCAUCAUCAUCAGCAGCAGCAGCAGCAGCACAAGUCUAAGCAGUUGCAGCAGCAGCAGCAGGAACAGCAACAGCAGCAGCAGGAACAGCAGCAGCAGCAGCAGCAGCAGACAUCAGCCUCAUGAUAAUGAACAGCAGCAGCAGCACGCUCUCAUCAGCAGCAGCAGCAGCACAAGUCUAAGCAGUUGCAGCAGCAGCAGAAGGAACAGCAACAGCAGCAGCACGAACAGCAGCAGCAGCAGCAGCAGCAGACAUCAGCCUCAUGAUAAUGAACAGCAGCAGCAGCACGCUCAGCAGCAAAUCCCUCAGCAGGACAACCAUCCCAACCCCUCAACAGCAGCAGCAACAGCAGCAGCAACAGCAGCAGCAGCAGCAGCAGCAGCAACAGCAGCAGCAGCCCGCAGCAGAGGGUCUGAGCCUCCUGCUGCUGCUGCUGCUGCCGCUGCUGCUGCUGCUGCUGCUGCUGCUGAUGCUGCUGAUGCUGAUGAUGAUGAUGAUGAUGGUGGGGGGGGGGCUGCUGCGGAGGGGGAGGAGGAAGAUGAUGGUGGGCUUGAAACAGAUCCUGCUGCUGCUGCUCCUGCUGCUGCUGCUGCUGCUGUUGCUGCUGCUGCUGCUGCUGCAGGGGAAGCAGCAGAUGCAGCAUCGUCAUGUGUACGCACAGCAGCAGACGCAGCAGCGGGUCUGAGCCUGCUGCUGCUGCUGCUGCUGCUGCUGCUGCUGCUGCUGCUGCUGCUGAUGCUGAGGCUGAUGAUGAUGAUGGUGAUGAUGAUGAUGGGGGGGGGUCUGCUGCGGAGGGGGAGGACGAAGAUGAUUGGGGGCCUGAAACAGAUCCUGCUGCUGCUGCUCCUGCUGCUGCUGCUGUUGCUGCUGCUGCUGCUGCUGCUGCUGCUGCAGGGGAAGCAGCAGAUGCAGCAUCGUCAUGUGUACGCACAGCAGCAGGAACGAGGGCCCCAAAUAAAGAAGAAGAAGGAGCAGCAGCAGGCAGCAGCUGCAGCAGAUGCAGAUCCUGAGAUGAUUGAGAACGUAAAAUUUCUUGCUGCUGCUGCUGCUGCUGCUGCUGCUGCUGCAGUUGCUGCUGCAGCUGGAGCAGCAGCAGGCAGCAGCUGCAGCAGAUGCAGAUCCUGA